AUGAAGAAGACAAUAAUAUGUCAACAGGAGCGAACAAUUCAAGAAAAUAACGAGGCGCUGCUUCUACUUGAGAGGAACAAAGUCGACAUCAUGAACGAAGUCGCCAGAGCGAACCACGAAAUUGAAGAACUUAAGGCGAAACUUGCCAAGAAGAACAACGUAUUAAAGAAUUCUCAAGACCUACAAGAUACCCUGUUACUUCAGGCAGAGAAACUGAGGUUAGAAAAGGAACAGUUAAAUCAAAGAUGCGAAAAUGCUGUAAACGAAAUGAGAGAUCGAUUGCAGGUCAAAGAUAACAUCAUUUUGCAAGUGCGAGAGGAAAUCGAAAAAUACAUCAAGUUGCAGAGAGAGGUUAAGCAAAGGAAUGAGGUUUUAAAGGGAAGGCUUGAGAAAAGAGAAAAAAUUGUCACGGGACUGAAAACUAAAUUAACAAUGUUGACUUCAUGGAGCGUUCGGUCAGCAAGCGUCACGCAACUGACUCCACCAGCACCUACAAGUGCAAAAAUGGAAACUGUAGAAGAGUCUUCUUGAUAAUGAUCCGUCGGAUUCUUACUAGUGAAAUGGUAUCUUAGAACAUACGUAACUUAAAACAAUAACCAGGUUCCCUAAAUCUCAAAGUCGCCGUAAAUUCAGUGAUUUGUUAUCGUCAUUUAAUUCAUGACGAAAGAGAAAUACGUAAUGUUGUUCCGGCGAAUUUAUAUUUCUUUACUUUUGAGCUUAAUUGUGUACGAGCUAUACUUUCACAUGGUUGUAGUAUAUUCAGUUUUCUAGUUAGUAAAGUUCUAAGCUCAGUGUCGAGUCUGGGUCUAUCAAGUUCUAUUAUGUGCUAA